GCCGCUGCCGCCCUAUCACGUUUCAGACGAAAACUUGCGGGAUAAAGUGUGUGGAAGGGCCAUCCAUGGAUAGAAACAUGGCAGAGGCAGCAGUUGAAACGCCUGCUGUGCGAUUUUUCUGCCACAAAUGUAACCAGGAAAUUAACCCUGUAUUACCGGAAUACAUUUGCCCCCGGUGUCAGUCGGGUUUCAUUGAAGAAUUGGCGCAGGGUCCCCCGGAUCACUCUAUUCGUCGUGUACGAAGCAGGGAGACUAUAGAGGACUCUGAUGAUGAUUUAGACCAUGCUGCACAAUUUAGAGAGCUUUGGAACAGUACGAUAAUGGAUGUGCUGCGGAGACUGGAUCGUGGUCCUGGUGGCAUGGUGGAGGAUAACCUGUCGCCAGAUGCACCGUCCUCGUCAGCUUCGGACUCCAUGGUGCGGCGGAGAUCACCGGGACGGGCGGGCCGCAGGCCACAUCCUGAAAGCCAGGGGAGGCAGCCCCUGGAAGGUAUCAUUCACCAGAUUUUUGCCAACCUCACUGGAACUACAGGUUUCAUCUCCAACCAAGGUCUUCCAGUCAGGCUGGUUAACCUGCAUGGCAACCCUGGAGACUAUGCCUGGGGCCGAGGGGGCCUGGAUGCUGUCAUAACACAGCUCCUGAAUCAACUGGACGGGACAGGGCCGCCUCCUUUAGCGAAAGACAAGAUUGAGCAGAUUCCCACUGUCAAGAUUGUCCAGGAGCAAGUUGACAAAUUGCUUCAGUGCACAGUAUGUAUGGAGGAGUUCAAGACUGGUGAACAAGUCAAGCGACUUCCCUGCCAGCAUCACUUUCAUCCAGACUGCAUCGUGCCCUGGCUGGAACUGCACGGUACAUGCCCUAUCUGCCGCAAGCUGCUGAAUGAGGAGGCUGGGUCGGAAUCGGCUUCUGCAGCCGGAAGCAGCACCAGUUCAGGCCCGUCAAGGGCAGCAGGUGCAGGGCCAUUGCCGCGCUCUCAGAGUGACCGUCAUGACGCAGCCAUGGCAGCACUGUUGCGCAUGCAUGGGGCACCCAGAAGUGCCCGCUCAUCCCAUCUACCGCCUCCUGCGGCCUCAGCCUCUUCGUCCUCGUCCUCUACCUCCUCGCAGCCGCCGACGAGCAGAGCUCGACGGCAGUCGCCUGCAAACUCUACGUCAUCGCGGCGAGGAAGCCACCCGGGCGGCAACCAGUACUCGGUGUACGACUUCAACGACGAGUGUGACUGAAACUUCUUGAGACGCCAGCAAACACCCCCAUGGAACUCCACAAGAAAAACACUUUUCCCCCUCUCCCAUCGGUGUGUUGCAGCUGGGACUGCAGUGCCGUGGAGAGAGAAGACUAGAUUGAUUGCAAAGAGGAAAAAAGAAAGUGAAGCGUUUUUAGGGAGCAGGAGGUGUCUGAAAAAAAUGGCCAUGGAGGCCCUGCCCUGGGCGUGGCCUAGUGUUCUACCCUUUCUCUUGUUGGACUUUGAAGAAGGGUUGUUGCUGUGUGUUUUUUUCUCUGUCCCACUUGGCCUUGUAUAGCUCGUAAAAUUUAUCUGGCAGGAAUGGCAUCGUUGCCUGUGGUGUGACGAGUGUAGCCGGUGUAAACUUGAGAGAAUGUGGCAGAUGAUGCCUGGAACUGAUUUCAGUUUAGGCUAAGGCUUUUCCUCAUCUGUUGCUCUGCAGGCUUGUUAAUGCUGAGUCUGAGUACUUUCUUGCAUUCUGUGGAGCAGGCAAGUUUCUCCGGUGCAGUGCUAGGAAAAAGUGGUGCGGCUCCCACGUGUGGGCUCGUGUGACUAGCCUGCAUGUAUACAGCUGGUGUGUGGGAUCUUUACGCAAGGCAUGGCAGGCCGUUAUUGGCUCUGUGAGUAAACUUCAACAGAUGGCUGCCUUCUUGGCAGCUGUGUGACCUUAACUUUGCCUAUGCCACGACUUCUGUCUAGUGAGCCUGAAGUAAAUAAAAAUGGGUGAGUGCCUGUGCUAUGCUGC